AAGUGCGCCCCGGUAUCCGCCCAUAUUCACUAAAGGAGGCCAACCUGAGCAGCAAGGCCGGACGCUGGAUCAAAUGGAAAGUUCAAUCGAUUAAUUUGCCCACUUUUUCGCAUGUUCCCGCUUGCUUCUGAUACGAGGUAGACUGACUUAAAUGCGGGCGUUUCGGUGUGAAGUAGGAAAUGCAGAGAUCGUGUGAAACGAGAGGAUUAUCAGCUUGACUUAUUCGGUCGCUACUUCGGACGCGGAACUCCACUCGCUAAAAGGUGAAUCAUGACAGAAUAUAAGCUGGUAGUGGUGGGAGCUGGUGGUGUUGGCAAGAGCGCACUGACUAUUCAGCUCAUCCAGAAUCACUUUGUGGAUGAAUAUGACCCCACCAUUGAGGACUCGUACAGAAAGCAGGUAGUGAUCGAUGGGGAGACCUGCCUGCUGGACAUCCUGGACACUGCAGGUCAGGAGGAGUACAGCGCCAUGAGGGAUCAGUACAUGAGGACAGGGGAGGGCUUCCUCUGUGUCUUUGCCAUCAACAAUACCAAGUCCUUUGAAGACAUUCACCACUAUAGAGAACAGAUAAAGCGGGUGAAGGACUCUGAGGACGUCCCCAUGGUGUUGGUGGGGAACAAGUGUGACCUCCCGUCCCGGACAGUGGACACCAAGCAGGCUCAGGACUUAGCACGCAGCUACGGCAUUCCCUUUAUCGAGACCUCGGCCAAAACCAGACAGGGCGUUGACGAUGCCUUUUACACAUUAGUGAGAGAAAUCCGGAAGCAUAAGGAGAAGAUGAGCAAGGAGGGCAAAAAGAAGAAAAAGAAGUCCAAGACAAAGUGUACACUUAUGUGAAUAAUCGCCCCCUUUUCAAGACAGACUAAAAUAGAACUAUGUUGAACAGUUAAAGUAAUACAUUUUGUACAUUACACUAAAUUAUUAGCCUCUUUCUCAAUACCCACCAUACUGAAUACUAAACCUGACCCGUUUCUGCCUUUCUUUUAUUAUUUGCUACUUGGACACCAAUAAGCUUUAUCUUCAGUUUAGUGCCAGUUGCCCACAUGUGUUGGUCCAACAUUUUGAUUUUAUAGGAUGAUUUGGAUAAUUUUUUAUAUACCUAUAGAGCUGUAAGCUAAUUGCAUCAAGACUCAUGUUUGACAAAUUAUUCAUUACUAAGUUUUGUUUUUCCCCCUAACUUAAAAGGCCCAUGACCUGUAGAGGUUCUGUAAAGCCCUCUUAAGUUUGGGAUGCCAAAGAAUGAUUAUUUUUUUAUCCCGAUUCUCGUCGACAAACCAGCUCUGAGGACCAACAUUCAGCCAGAUGAGCACCAAAUGUCCCAGCCACUGUGUACUUGCCUCCUCUAGGUAUGACUUAGUUAUUUCACUGAUUAUAAGUAUGCAUGCAAACUCCUCUCCUAAUAUUUUAACACCCUAAUUAGCUAUUAAUUCAUUUGCAAUUUGUCAAUGCUUUGUACUGUGGGGAGUGAUUUCUUGCCUUCAUGAAAUGUUUUCUUUUCUUUUUGCAUGCAGUGUGUCCGAGAUGACACGCGUAUUGCAAACGUCCUCUGUUGAAUGCAUUUAAUAGAGCCAGCAAUGAGGAACUUUAACGUAAGUGGAUAUCAUACGGUCUUGUUUUUUUUUUUUUUUUUUUAUAUUAAAUAAUCAUUGCUUGCUUUUGUGAGUAAGAAAUCAGCCAUUUUAGCUCGAUUAAUGACAAAUUCAAAGUUACAGAUUUCUGGAUGAUAGAA